ACUCCAUGCCUAGGACACAGACUCGCGUCCUCCCUCUUCUGUCUUCCACAAAUUCGAAACCGAAAGGGAUCGAAGAAAAGGGGAUCGGUUGUUGCUCGACGGCUCCGUGCGAGUGAAUACUUGAUGGCUGAGAUCUUCCAUGGCGCUGUGAGCUGUGGCGCGGAGGCCUCGGCGAUGGCUUCGUGCGAGUCUGGACCGCUGGCGGCGAUUGGGCGGCGGAUGGAGAGGCGCAAGUUCGCUUCUGGUACAGAAGCUCUUAACUUGGAUGAGAUAGAAACCAGUAGGAAGCGGCGCAGGGUGGAUGAAACCGGCGACGCCGAUGCAGAGCGCGAGGAGAAUUCCGAGUCGAUGACCGGCGGAAAUAUCGAGACUCCUCCAGUAGCGUCGCCGGAGGAAUCGGAAAAGUCAGAUAGGUGUCCUAGGUAUGGGAUAUCGGAGUUCUGCGGGAGGAGGCGAGAGAUGGAAGAUGCGGUCUCUGUUCGUCCUGAUUUCCUCCGGCGAGACGAUCUGACCCUGGGAAAGCACCACUUUUUCGGAGUCUUUGAUGGCCAUGGUUGCUCUCAUGUGGCCACGCUAUGCAGGGAUCGGAUGCAUGAAUUUGUGGCGGAGGAUGUCAUGGCGCUGGGGCUGAAUAAUGCCCUACCGCAUACGGUAUGGAAGGGGACAAUUGAGAGGAGCUUCGCUCGGAUGGAUGCGGAGACAGCUAACGGGGACGGCGUACGCCCGAGCCCUGGCUGCCGGUGCGAGCUUCAGCCGCCUAAGUCGGACCAUGUGGGAUCCACUGCCGUGGUCGCCAUUGUUAGCCGCACUCACAUCGUCGUCGCCAACUGCGGCGACUCGCGCGCCGUUCUCUGUCGCAACGGCGUUCCCAUUCCGCUCUCCUUCGAUCACAAGCCUGACCGAGAAGACGAACUCCUGCGGAUUGAAGCGGCCGGGGGUCGGGUUAUCUAUUGGGAUGGCGCCAGGGUGUUCGGUGUGCUUGCCAUGUCUCGAGCUAUAGGAGACAACUGCUUGAAGCCGUUCGUGAUCCCAGACCCGGAGGUGACGGUGACGGAGCGUGAUGACGGCGAUGAGUGCCUGAUACUGGCGAGCGAUGGGCUGUGGGACGUGUUGAGCAACGAGACUGCCUGCAACAUCGCGAGGAUGUGCCUUAAUGGCGGCGGCGGCGUCCGUGGCGAAGCCGCAGAGACGGACACCGCGAGCCGAAGUGAGGACGACGGCGAAGAACUGGACGAUCGCUGCGGCGUCGACGCGGCGUGCUCGGAUGCGGCGUUGCUGCUGACGAAGCUGGCCUUGGCGAGGCAGAGCGCCGACAAUAUCAGCGUAGUCGUCGUCGAUCUUAGAAACAAGCGGAAGAGGGAGACGACGGCGAACUCCCAAUAGCUACUACCAUGAUUCUACUGCCGUGCCGCAAAUUCGCAACCUGAAGCUUUUUUUUUGUUAGGGUUCAAUCAGGGGAUGAAAUUGGGCAGAAGGAAAUAGGAAAGUUACGUAAAAAAAUUCGUCAUCCUAUCCUAUUAUUCAGUUAAUGCAAUAAAAAUACCCGAAA